AUGCUGGGCGAAUUUUGCUCCCAACAGCUUCAACAAAUUCUGUUUGCUUCGCCUGGGUGUUUGUUCCCAGCCCUGUUCACAAACCAAAAACUAUUCCUGUAUCGUUGA